AUGUUAUCUUUUCGUUGGGCGUGUACCUUCUGUAAGAAUAUAACGCCAUUAUUUUUAUUUAUUGACGAUGAUUAUGUACUUCAUCCGAACAAUACAAUGAAACUCGUAAAGUCAAUUAAAAUAUCAGAUAUGAAGUCAUAUGUCGGUGGUCCAAUUCAUGCAACAUCAGUUGUAUCGCGACCACAAAAUAAAAGUUACAACUCAAAGUGGGAUGUUUCACCUCAUGAAUAUCCAUGGAGUUAUUAUCCUCCAUACUUUUAUGGUAUUGGCUAUAUGAUUGGAGCUGACGUUGUAUGUGAUGCUUCUGUUACAAUGUCAUUUACACAACAUCUUCGUAUUGAUGAUGCAUACCUUGGGAUUGUUUUGGCGAGAUUGAGCAAGAAGCUCAAUCAACUUAAAGGGUUCAGAGUAUACACUGAUACAAAUUUCGAAGCAUCAGGAGCAGUUAUUAUACAAAAAUCAAGCGCUGGUUUACUGUUUGCUUAA